CACGCCAACUGACAGCGAACGCGGCUGGUUGUCCUCGCUCCCGAGAAAACGGAAAAACAAACCGAAUCGAAUCGAGAACAGCAUAUAGACGAAGUGAAAAUAAGCAAAGACUAAUCGCUGAGUCCUACUUACUGUGUGUCGCGUGUGUUUUUGUGUGCAGUGGUGCAUGUGACCCUUGAAAGACUCGAAACUAAAAACUGAAUAGUGUUUUGUUUGUGGGAACUUGUAUAAGAUGCUGGAGUUUUACCCAAUGCCCACGAAUCUGAAUCCAGUCGGUGGCAGCUUGUAUUCGCUGCAGCAGAAUCAUGGCGGGGCACGCUUUCUGGACAAUCCCAAUCCUGGCAGCAUGACACCUAACAGCAGCAGCAAUUCCCUGCACCUCAGCAACAGCAACAACAAUCUGCCAACUAGUAUUUCCGGCAACAAUAGUACCACAGCAACGGCUUCAUUAACGGGCCAGCAGCAGCAGCAGCAGCACCAUCAGCAGCAGCAGCAUCAACAUCAGCAACACCCCCACCAGCAACAUCACCAGCAACACGCAGCCUCGACCACGCCAGUGCCAAUUAACAGCUGCCCCACGCCCACAGGACACAGCCCCCUCAGCAGCAGCAGCAGCAAUAAUAACAACAACAACAAUAAUAAUAAUAAUAGCAACAGCAGCAACCUUAACUCCGCCUGCAACACAUUAACAGCUGCUGCUGUUGCUGCUGUGGCAGCUCCAUCGGCAACAGCAACCUCAGUUGCCACCUCACAAUUAGGUGGAGCAGUUGCUGCUGCCAUUGCUGCUGCUGCUGCGGCGGCUGCUACCUCUGCGACAACAGCAACAUCGACGGGACCCGCGGCAACAGGAAACGGAAAUGGCAAUGGUGCCACUGCAGCAGCAACGGCCUCGGCAGCAGCGGCAUCCAAAUUGUCUGCCGAUUGUAGUGGACGCACAGAAGUGGGCCACAUCAAGUGCGAGAAGAACUUCGAGCUGUGCGAGGGAUGUGGCCAGAAGAUCCACGACCGUUUCCUGAUGAACGUGGGCGAGGCCAACUGGCACGAACAGUGCUUGGCCUGCUGCUACUGCGGAAUGCAGCUGCACCACACGUGCUACGUUCGCAACUCGAAGCUCUACUGUAAGAUGGACUACGACCGCCUGUUUGGAGUAAAGUGCUCCUCCUGCUGCCAUGCGAUUCUGCCGCAGGAGCUGGUGAUGCGACCGAUUCCGAACUUUGUCUUUCACCUGCCCUGCUUUGUUUGCUACGCCUGCCGCUUACCGUUGCAGAAGGGCGAGCAGUUUCUGAUGCGAGAUGGUCAGCUCUUCUGCUACCGCCACGAUCUCGAGAAGGAGAUGUUCUUGGCUGCUGCUGCUCAGCAUUGUGGUUUUGUCGGUCUGGAUGAGGAUGAUCUGUUGAGGCCAAGGGAUGGGCGUAGGGGUCCAAAACGACCUCGCACCAUCCUCACUUCACAGCAGCGGAAACAGUUCAAGGCCUCCUUUGAUCAAUCACCCAAGCCAUGUCGCAAAGUCCGCGAAGCAUUGGCCAAGGAUACUGGACUUUCAGUUCGUGUGGUGCAGGUGUGGUUCCAGAAUCAGCGUGCCAAGAUGAAGAAGAUCCAACGCAAGGCCAAGCAGAAUGGUGGUUCAGGCGGAGGCUCCGGCAGUGGGCGUGGCACGGGAAAUUCAAGCGCCACCGAUGACAAGGAUAGCAACGAGAAAGAGGAAAAAUGUGUCAAGCAGGAACUGGGCGGAGAUAGCUCUGGGUAUCUGGGCGGUUUGGACAGCACUUUCGCCAGCCAGCCACUGAAUCCCAACUUGCCCUUCUCACCGGAUGACUAUCCGGCCAACUCGAAUGAUAGCUUCUGCAGCUCAGACCUUUCGCUAGAUGGCAGUAACUUCGACCAGUUGGACGACGACGCGGACUCGCUAUCUCUAAACAAUCUGGAGCUGCAGUCAACGAGCUCAUCGGGCAACCAGCACUCGCACUCCCACUCGAAUCCCCACGACAUGCUGGCCAACCUGAACAACAGCCUGAUAAACCCCAUCGACAAGCUGUAUCUCAUGCAGAACUCGUACUUCAGCUCGGAGCAUUAGAGGCUACGGAGGCGAUCGAUGGAUAGAGACGAAUUUAUUAGCGAUAGAGUGGCUGGCUCCGAUCGGGAAGGACAUCGUGUCCUUGCUGUUACUUUACACGUAGCGCGUAGUUGGCACCUUCCGCAUUCGAGCAUUAAGUUGGAGUUGUAGAACCAGAUACAAGAUACAUGAAAUGUGAUUUUUUUAAGCUAAUUGAAAUUUUAAGAUUCAUGGCGAUUUGAAAGUGGCGGGCCGUACAUUUUGUUGUUAGUCUAGACUCUAGAGGCAGAAAAUGUAGAACACCCGUAAUGGUAAAAUGGUCAAUGUGCCCCCCUUUAUGUUUGUAAAUAGAUUUAACCACCCGAGAAAAUUGUUAUUAAAUGUAAUUUAAAAGUCAAUAAUUGUAUUAGCAAGUGCAAUUUAAUCUGUUCCCCUAAAAUAUACAUCUUAACC